UGGUGAUUGGUUAACGCUCAGUCUUGCAAAAAGCUAACGUUGAUGAUAUAUAAAGACUGUCCGUUCUAUUGUUCUUUCUUUCAUUCGUGCCACGUUUUAGUGUAACCGGUCGAUCGACACGCGCGAGUAUUUUUAUCGAAGCAUAACAUUUUACAAUAAUUUAAAGUGAUCUAGUUUAGUUGUGAUCGUUUGUUUGUAAAAAUGGUGAGAUCCGUGUGCAGCGAAGUCCCUGACGUAAGCAGCCUAUCCAAUAAAAUUAAUAUGGAGGAAUUAGCCCCAGUUUUAAAGAGCAUUAUCGUAACACGUACCAAGGAAGGGGCCACUAUUGAAGAAAUCAUCGAUGACUACUUCACCUUCACAGGCGAUGAUCUUUUGUCGCUGUGCCGCAAUCGUGAUUCCAUAGCGGACAUACUGCGGAAAGUAGAUGGCGUCUGGUGCUCGUACAGGUCGCCAAACGGUCCAUAUCUUUGGUACUGUUCAACGCAGAACACGAAACACCUCACCGAAAUGAUCAAAAAGCAAAAAUCACCACGCUUCCAGAACCGAAGGUACCAACAACCAAACCGGACUCCCUACUCGAAUAGGACACCAAUGCCAACCAGCAGCGGAACUGGCCCGCGUGACAAGUUCUACCAAGACAACAUCAAUUUUAUUCCCAAACGAAAUAAUUGGAAUCGGGCACUGCAUCGCUCGGCUGCGAAUCAUCCGUACAUAGGAGCACCCCAAUGGCGACAAGUACAGCAGGUCAAACCGAUGAGGAAACCAGUGUUUCAGCCGAUGAUGCAGCCGAUGCCUAAUUACUAUUCCAACAAUGCGAUGCAGUCUGGACCCACGUUUUGUGGCCUUCAGAUGAUCGGAGACGACUUCUUCCUUUCACUAGCCAGAUGGGAAUUGGGAUUCCUGUUUGACCCAGGACACAACAUUCAACAGAGUGGCCUUUGCGUUUCCGGUAUGACAAUCGCGGAAGCAGCGGACCGUGUAAUGAAGGCCACCUACAUUAACGAUCGGGUCAUAGUUAACGUAGGCGUCGUGGAUUUACUGCAUGGCCACGACUUGGUUGAUAUGCAGCAGGACCUACUCCAGCUGUUGAAAAAUCUGGAAAUCCGUGGUGUUUGCGCCAUACUCACCACACUGUCACCAUUGGCGAACAGUUCGCAUAUACCCGGCAUCACUGACCGGUUACACAAGUUCAAUGAACUCAUACGCAAAUUUCAUUGCCAGUAUGUCGACGUUUGGAGAUGCUUCGUUAAUGAACGAUACAAUACUCUGUACGAGUGUUUCCAGCCGGGACCCAGACAAGUCACAGGCAGCAACAAGCCGCAUGUCUUGUGGAACAAGCUGGGUCGCCAACGUGUUAUCAAAUUCAUAAAAACGGAACUCGCAGGAUUGAUUUGAGAUCCAACACUUUAAACAAUUACGGCCGAAUUGUCACUCUAGCGUACUUGUAUUUUUAAUGUGUGCUCGGGUAGCUAUUAAGCAUAUUUUUUCGAAAAUUGUUUAUCUGUUUAGAACACUUAAGGGGUAAUAUUUUCAGUAAGUCAAUUGGUGAGAUGUAAGGCUGUAGCCAUUGUUGAUCGUUGAGUAGCAAGCUAUUUUGAAAACAUCCGGACGUUUUUGAAAUAGCUUUCUAUGAUGGAGAUGAUCCAUUUGAUCUUUCGACGCCCGGGUAGAAAGUAUUAUUGGAUGAUCUCUUGCUGUGUGGAACCUUUUCAGAUUGAAUCGCAGGCGAUAUUUUCUCUGAAGAGGUUCUUGCCAUAAGCUUUCUCUAUUGGGAUACCGGUUCCCAUUGGACACCAAGCGCACGACAAUGGCAAAGGUCCAUUUUACUGGCUACAAUUCUAACGUACUACGCCGUAAAAAUGAAAAAUAUAACAUUAGAUGUAAGAGAAUGCAACAACAGAUUGUGAAACCAAAUAUUAGUUACCAAAAAUUUAUAAUACUCUAGGAAGAUUUUUAAAAGUUAAGUUAGAGAAGAAAUCACUAUUUCACACAGAAGAGUGUUCAUUAUUUUGUGAUGUAUUUGUAUUUUGAAUA